GAGACAUGGUUAGUUCCGCUGACUCUGUCAAGUCAUCUUCUCUCCCGUUCACUUUACGUUAAGAACUCUUUUUUUUUCUCGAGAAAAAUUUAGGAAAAGUCCUCGAGAAAAAAAUCGAAAACAGAGACACACUUUCCCGCAAACUCAAUUCUUUUCCCUCUGGAUUUUGUUCCCAUCUAAGCUAAUUUUCCAUAUUAUUUCCCCUCACUUUCCCAUGAAAACCAAUAGAAAAUGAAGACAAUUCGAAUCACCUAACUCUGUUUAAGAUCUCCAUUUUCCCGGGAAAAUCUACAGAAAACCGAAAAACAGAGAAAAUCAUUACUUUCCACUUUCUCAGGAAAGAAAACAUAAAACCCACUCGAAGCCCAAGUUUUCAAAAUCUGUUUUUUUUUUUCAAAUCGGAAACAAUGUCUUUGAUCAAUAAAGGAGCCACCUUGGCUCUGUUUCUAGCGUUGACCAUGGUGGUCAACGGCGUUUUCGGGAGAUUCAUCGUGGAGAAGAGCAGCGUCACGAUCCUAAACCCUUUGGCAAUGCGGUCGAAACACGACGCAGCCAUCGCUAACUUCGGCGUUCCUAACUACGGUGGUUACAUGAUCGGCUCCGUCGUCUACGCCGGUAAAGGAGCUUAUGGAUGCGACUCUUUUGAAAAAACUUUUAAACCCAAAUUCCCUCGUCCUACCAUCUUAAUCAUCGAUCGUGGAGAGUGCUACUUUGCAUUAAAGGUAUGGAACGGCCAACAAUCCGGUGCAGCAGCAGUUCUUGUAGCUGAUAACGUCGACGAGCCACUGAUAACAAUGGAUUCACCUGAAGAAUCCAAAGAAGCUGAUGAAUUUAUAGAGAAGAUCAGCAUUCCAUCGGCUUUGAUCGACCUAUCUUUCGCUAAUACUCUCAAGAAAGCUCUUAAAAACGGAGAGGAAGUAGUCCUGAAGAUAGACUGGAGCGAGUCAUUGCCUCAUCCAGAUGAGAGAGUUGAGUAUGAGCUAUGGACUAACACGAAUGAUGAGUGUGGUGCAAGAUGCGAUGAGCAGAUGAAUUUCGUCAAGAACUUUAAAGGGCACGCUCAGAUCCUCGAAAAAGGAGGGUACUCUUUGUUCACACCUCAUUACAUUACAUGGUUUUGUCCUAAAGAUUAUGUUUCCAGCAAUCAGUGUAAGUCUCAGUGUAUAAACCAAGGGAGGUAUUGUGCUCCUGACCCUGAACAAGACUUUGGAGAUGGAUACGAUGGGAAAGACAUCGUGUUCGAGAAUCUGAGACAGCUAUGUGUUCAUAGAGUAGCAAAAGAGAAUAACCGGUCUUGGGUUUGGUGGGACUAUGUGACUGAUUUUCACAUCAGGUGUUCAAUGAAGGAGAAAAAGUAUAGCAAAGAAUGUGCAGAGAGUGUUGUGGAAUCUCUCGGGUUGCCACUUGACAAGAUCAAGAAAUGUAUGGGUGAUCCUGGCGCUGAUGUGGAGAAUGAGGUUUUGAAAGCUGAGCAAGCGCUUCAGGUAGGACAAGGAGACCGUGGGGAUGUCACAAUCUUGCCAACAUUGAUCAUCAACAAUGCUCAAUACCGCGGUAAACUUGAGAGAAAUGCGGUACUAAAGGCUAUAUGUUCAGGGUUCAAGGAAAGAACCGAACCCGGGAUCUGUCUAAGUGGAGAUAUCGAAACAAACGAAUGCCUCGAAGCAAAUGGAGGGUGUUGGCAGGACAAGAAAUCUAAUGUAACAGCUUGCAAGGACACAUUUAGGGGAAGGGUUUGUGAAUGCCCUGUUGUGAAUGGUGUGCAGUAUAAAGGAGAUGGCUAUACUUCAUGUCAACCUUAUGGACCUGCGAGAUGUUCAAUGAAUCAAGGAGGUUGCUGGUCUGAAACCAAAAAGGGCGUAACUUUCUCCGCUUGUUCGAACUCGGAGACAUCGGGAUGUCGUUGUCCUACAGGCUUUAAAGGAGAUGGUCUUAAAUGUGAAGACAUUGAUGAAUGCAAGGAGCAAUCAGCUUGUCAAUGUGAUGGAUGCAAGUGUAAGAACAAAUGGGGAGGCUUUGAUUGCAAAUGCUCUGGCAAUCGUCUCUAUAUGAAAGAACAAGACACUUGUAUCGAGAGAAGCGGAUCAAGAAUCGGAUGGUUCUUCACGUUUGUGAUCCUAGCUGCCGUUGCAGGUAUCUGUGUAGCAGGUUACGUAUUCUACAAGUAUCGUCUCAGGUCUUACAUGGAUUCAGAAAUCAUGGCGAUUAUGUCUCAGUACAUGCCAUUGGAGAGCCAAAACACAAACGAUCCAAUGACUGGUGAAUCUCAACAGCAACAGCUGAGAUUAACUUCUGCAGCUUAAAUUUAACUUCACGUUUGUUUAAUAGAUGAUUUGUUUUUGUGUUAACCUCAAGGAAAGUCUUUAUAGAGAGCUAAAGAAGAAGUGUUCUUUUGUUUUUACUUUUUAUUUUUAUUGUUUAAGAAGAAGAAGAAAACAAAAGAUUUCUUU